CAGGAAGAGCGAAGUAAAGUUUCUCACAGGUAAAGCUUUGUGUUACAUCAUGGACCUCUUAAAAAGAUUCUAAUGUAUGUUUUCCAGAAAUGAAUGAAUUUCAGAAAAAAAUUGGAGGGAAAAACAAUGCGAGACUGAGAAGAAGAACAGAGAUUUGAGAGGAGGUUAAAGAGGCUUUUUUACCUGCCGUUUGAGUAACAGCAGUGAGUGAAACUGAAACUUAAGCUACUGGAUUUACCAGAAAUCAUUAGUGAGCUCAGAACAGACUGAGACAGAAUGGCGUCUGGAUCUUCUCUCAUGGAAGAGGAGCUCUCCUGUCCUGUGUGCUCUGAAAUCUUCAGGGAUCCUGUUCUCCUGAUUUGCAGUCACAGCUUCUGUAAGGCCUGUCUGCAGCAGUACUGGGAACAGAAGGGAUCUCAGGAGUGCCCAGUUUGCAGGAAAAGAUUUAAGCAAGAACCUCCUCGUAACCUGUCCCUGGGGAAUGCCUGUGAGGCGUUCUUAAAGGAGAGAAGUCAGAGAGCUAAAGCAGGAUCUGAAGUGCUCUGCAGUCUGCACAGUGAGAAACUCAAACUCUUCUGUUUGGAUGAUCAAAUACCUGUCUGCCUCGUCUGCCAAACUUCAAAAAAACAUGAAAACCACAAAAUGCGACCAGUUCAAGAGGCUGUGGAAGAGUAUAAGGAGAAACUCAGGACUGCACUGGCUCCACUACAGGAGAAGCUUAAAGCCUUUAAUGCAGUGAAACUCAUCUGUGAUCAAACAGCAGAGCACAUCAAGAGCCAGGCCCAGCACACAGAGAGGCAGAUAAAGAUGGAGUUUGAGAAACUUCAGCAGUUCCUAAAAGAUGAAGAGGCAGCCAGGAUCACUGCACUGAGGGAGGAAGAGGAGCAGAAGAGUCAGAUGAUGAAGGAGAAGAUUGAUAAGAUGACAGAAGAGAUAUCAUCCCUUUCAGAACAAAUCAGAGCCAUAGAACAGGAGCUGGGAGCUGAAGACAUCUCAUUCCUACAGAGUUACAAAGAUGUGGAGAAACGAGCCCAGUGCACACUGGCGGAUCCAGAGAAGGUCUCUGGAGCGCUGAUUGAUGUGGCCAAGCACCUGGGCAAUCUGAAGUACAGAGUGUGGGAGAAGAUGCUUGGGACUGUUCAAUACACUCCUGUGACUCUGGACCCAAACACAGCACAUCCUGAGCUCUCACUGUCUGAGGAUCUGACCUGUGUGAGAUGCAGAGUUGAGAGUCAGCAGGUUCCUCAUAAUCCAGAGAGAUUUAAUUGUUCGGGUUGUGUGCUGGGCUCUGAGGGAUUCAGCUCAGGGAGACACUGCUGGGAUGUAGAGGUGGGGGGUGAGGCCUGGGUGGUGGGUGUGGCUAAAGAGUCCAUCAGCAGGAAAGAGCGUGUGAGUCCGAGCCCAGCAGGAGGAGUGUGGGGUAUAGUGCAGCUCGAUGGGGAAUACGCAGCCCUGACCUCCCCACCUACAGCCCUCACUGUGCAGAGGAAACCCCAGAGGGUCAGAGUGCAGCUGGACUGGGACAGGGGGGAGAUGUCAUUCUCUGACCCCAGUGACAACACUCCUCUCUACACUUUUAAACACUCCUUCAAUGAGAGAGUGUUUCCAUUCUUCUGGUUUGGUUCUCUGCAGAUCUGUCCACUGAAGGUGUCUGAGAAACUCAAGACUGCACUAGCUCCACUGCAGGAGAAGCUAAAAGCCUUUAAUGCAGUGAAACUAGUCUGUGAACAAACAGCAGAGCACAUCAAGAGUCAGGCCCAGCACACGGAGAGACAGAUAAAGAUGGAGUUUGAGAAACUUCAGCAGUUCCUAAAAGAUGAAGAGGCAGCCAGGAUCACUGCACUGACGGAGGAAGAGGAGCAGAAGAGUCAGAUGAUGAAGGAGAAAAUUGAGAAGAUGACAGAAGUGAUAUCAUCCCUUUCAGAACAAAUCAGAGCCAUAGAACAGGAACUGGGAGCUGAAGACAUCUCAUUCCUGCAGAGCUACAAAGACGUGGAGAAACGAGCCCAGUGCACACUGGGGGAUCCAGAGAAGGUCUCAGGAGCGCUGAUUGAUGUGGCCAAGCACCUGGGCAAUCUGAAGUACAGAGUGUGGGAGAAGAUGCUGGGGACUGUUCAAUACACUCCUGUGACUCUGGACCCAAACACAGCACAUCCCAACCUCUCACUGUCUGAGGAUCUGACCAGUGUGAGACUCAGUGGUGAGAGUCAGCAGGUUCCUGAUAAUCCAGAGAGAUUUGAUGGGUUGCAGUGGUGUGUGCUGGGCUCUGAGGGAUUCAGCUCAGGGAGACACUGCUGGGAUGUAGAAGUGGGGGGUGAGGCCUGGGCGGUGGGUGUGGCUAAAGAGUCCAUCAGCAGGAAUGGGGCUGUGAGGCUGAGCCCAGCAGCAGGAGUAUGGAGUAUACUGCGGCACUCUCGGCGUUAUGAAGCCCUGACCUCCCCACCUACUGUCCUCACUGUGCAGAGGGAACCCCAGAGGGUCAGAGUGCAGCUGGACUGGGACAGGGGGGAGGUGUCAUUCUCUGACCCCAGUGACAACACUCCUCUCUACACUUUUAAACACUCCUUCACAGAGAGAGUGUUUCCAUUCUUCCGUCCUGGUUCUCUGCAGAUCUGUCCACUGAAGGUGAAGGUGUCUAUCAGUGCUGACGUCUCAUUCUCUGUCCCUUCAGCUCCUGUGACUCUGGAUCCAAACACAGCACAUCCUAACCUCUCACUGUCUGAGGAUCUGACCAGUGUGAGACGCAGUGAUGAGAGACAGCACGUUCCUGAUAAUCCAGAGAGAUUUGAUAGGUGCAGUUUUGUGCUGGGCUCUGAGGUAUUCAGCUCAGGGAGUCACUGCUGGGAUGUAGAACUGGAGGAUAAAGAUUACUGGGUGGUGGGUGUGAUUAAAGAGUCCAUCAGGAGGAAAGAGAUCUUCACCCCGAGUGCAGGAGGAAUGUGGGGUAUACAGCAGUUUUUUGGGGAAUACCGAGCCCUGACAUCACAAUGUACAGCCCUCACUGAGCAGAGGAAACUCCAGAGGGUCAGAGUGCAGCUGGACUGGGACAGGGGGGAGGUGUCAUUCUCUGACCCCAGUCACAACACUCCUCUCUACACUUUCAAACACUCCUUCACUGAAAGUGUGUUUCCAUUCUUCUGUCCUGGUUCUCUGCGGAUCUGUCCACUGAAGGUGUCUGUAAGAGUGGAAUAGUGCUGUGGUUUGUGGGCAAGGAUCAGGUGAACAGACUGCUUCUUUCACUUUGACAAGAUUAAUGAGUAUAUUUGCAGAUAAUAUCUUUUACAAUAUUUUAUUGAGUCAUUUACAAAACAUAGAUCCAUUUCUGCAGCAGUUCAUGAUGAAUGUAACUUUGAAAUCUCAUGAUGUUGCAGUAAAAAUCAGGUUAAAAGAACUGCAUUCCAUCACAUCUGAGCAGGAUUCAUUAAAAUAUUUGCUGGUCAAACAGCAUCAACAAAAUAUUAUUUUAUUUGCAACGUUCUGUGGUGUUUCCAUGAGAAGUGUCUAAUUUCUUUUCACACAACUUCCCAAUGUUAUCACUGAGUAAUAACUGUGCUGUAUGGUGGUAGUGUAAGUAUGUGGGUUUGUGUGUAAUCAUUUGAGGUAAUAAUAAAUAAUAAAUCCACCAGUG